CAUAAAACCAAGGCUCACAAUUUACGCAAAUAGCGUUACAAAGGUCCGUAGUGACAAAGACAGCGAGCUGAGGAGGAAGGAAUAAAGAAGAAUUUCAGGCUUGGACUGCCACUUCCCGAAGAACGAAACGCACAGAGUUUCCUCAAGACCCGAUACUAGAAGACCCGUAUUUGAACGUCGCGGUGUAUGGAGUUGGGACAAAUUUGAAAGGCCGUAGAAAUCGUUCACGUAUUGAUUGGGCAACUGGCAGAUUUUUCCGUUUGAAUCGUCCGUAGGGUAGGAGAGCGAGCAGCCAUGGCGGUCGGGUCAUUGAGUCUUCACAUCGGAAUAUAAAGAGGAACUGCAUGGCCCUGCAUCUAUAGGAAUAUACAGCAACCAUUCCCCAUGUCUGACCGUCUCACUUUUGUCAUUUUGUGUUCAACUGUGACCACGUUAGAGAAAUCAAACCAGCAGUGCAGUGGGUUUAUUCGGAGGCCAGCUUCAUGAUUAUUUUAUUUGGAAGACGUGUCUGAAAGGCCUAGCAACUGAAGGAAAACGAGGGCUCAAAGGGAAAUAGGAUGCUUUGAAUUACUGUUAGUGGACGAAAAAGGGUGAUUGAUAGACAAAAUAACGGCUGUCAAGGCUCGUGGACAGAGGAGUUGAUUUUAAAAAAUCAUAUUGUGAAUAAUCAAACAUUCAUAUUAAGGAACUGUUAUUUUUUUGGAUGCAAAGGUUUAGAAAGAUAAACCUACCAAGACAUCUACACUCACGUAGUCUACAGUAUUUGAUUCGGGGAUUGGAUCAUGUCUGGUCGGCCCAGAACCACCUCCUUCGCAGAGAGCUGCAAACCAGUGCCGCAGCCCUCGGCUUUUGGCUCUAUGAAAGUCAGCAGGGACAAGGAUGGCAGUAAGGUGACGACGGUGGUGGCCACCCCAGGCCAAGGGCCCGACAGGCCCCAAGAGGUCAGCUAUACAGACACCAAGGUGAUUGGGAAUGGCUCCUUCGGAGUGGUCUACCAGGCCAAGCUGUGUGACUCUGGAGAGCUGCUGGCCAUCAAGAAGGUUCUGCAGGACAAGCGGUUUAAGAACCGCGAGCUGCAGAUCAUGAGGAAGCUGGACCACUGCAACAUCGUUCGCCUGCGCUACUUCUUCUACUCCAGCGGAGACAAGAAGGAUGAGGUGUAUCUGAACCUGGUACUGGACUAUGUUCCUGAGACGGUCUACAGAGUGGCCAGACACUACAGCCGAGCCAAACAGACCCUACCCAUGGUCUAUGUCAAGUUAUAUAUGUACCAGUUGUUCAGGAGUCUGGCCUACAUCCACUCGUUUGGGAUCUGCCAUCGGGACAUCAAACCCCAGAACCUGCUGCUGGACCCUGAGACGGCCGUACUCAAACUCUGUGACUUCGGCAGCGCUAAGCAGCUGGUACGCGGAGAGCCCAACGUGUCCUACAUCUGCUCUCGUUACUACAGAGCCCCCGAGCUCAUCUUUGGUGCCACCGACUACACCUCUAGCAUAGAUGUGUGGUCAGCUGGUUGUGUGCUAGCAGAGCUGUUGCUAGGGCAACCAAUCUUCCCUGGCGACAGUGGAGUGGAUCAGCUGGUGGAGAUCAUCAAGGUUCUGGGGACCCCUACACGGGAGCAGAUCCGAGAGAUGAACCCCAACUACACUGAGUUCAAAUUCCCCCAGAUUAAGGCACACGCAUGGACUAAGGUGAGUCAACAGGUGUUCCGGCCCCGUACGCCACCGGAGGCCAUCGCCCUGUGUUCUCGGCUGCUGGAGUACACGCCCACCUCACGCUUCACCCCCCUGGAGGCGUGUGCACACUCCUUCUUCGACGAGCUGAGGGACCCCAACGUCAAGCUGCCCAACGGGCGAGAAAAACCCUCCCUCUUCAACUUCACCACGCAUGAGCUGUCCAGUAAUCCCUCGCUGGCCAACAUCCUAAUCCCCGCCCACGCCCGCACUCAGGCUGCCGCCUCCACCCCAUCCAACGCCAACGCCACCACAGGUCAGACCCACACUUCUUCAUUCCUCCAUCCCAUCCAACGCCACCACAGGUCAGACCCACACUUCUUCAUUCCUCCAUCCCAUCCAACGCCACCACAGGUCAGACCCACACUUCUUCAUUCCUCCACCCCAUCCAACGCCACCACAGGUCAGACCCACACUUCUUCAUUCCUCCAUCCCAUCCAACGCCACCACAGGUCAGACCCACACUUCUUCAUUCCUCCACCCCAUCCAACGCCACCACAGGUCAGACCCACACUUCUUCAUUCCUCCAUCCCAUCCAACGCCACCACAGGUCAGACCCACACUUCUUCAUUCCUCCACCCCAUCCAACGCCACCACAGGUCAGACCCACACUUCUUCAUUCCUCCACCCCAUCCAACGCCACCACAGGUCAGACCCACACUUCAUCAUUCCUCCAUCCCAUCCAACGCCACCACAGGUCAGACCCACACUUCUUCAUUCCUCCAUCCCAUCCAACGCCACCACAGGUCAGACCCACACUUCUUCAUUCCUCCAUCCCAUCCAACGCCACCACAGGUCAGACCCACACUUCUUUAUUCCUCCACCCCAUCCAACGCCACCACAGAUGGUAACAGCACAGAUCGCAGCCCUAACACCAUUACUGCCUCGGCCUCCGCCUCCACCUCCUGAACCCCCCGCCCCAGCCAGGGGUGAUGCCAGUGGAGUGAUGAUGACAUGGCAGGGUUUAAAGCAGAUGACAACUACAACAACAACUCCAAGUCACCCAUCUAGGUGUUUGAUUUCUGCAACCUACUCCACUGUGGACAUCUUUAUUGUCUGUUAGAAGGAAGGAGUGGUGGGGGACAGGGGAGGCUGAUGAAAUAUAAGAGUAUUCAUAUAUAAACGUACCCUAUAUACACAAUACUAGCCUGCUAAUGUUUCCAAGAGGACAAUCCUACGUAUCAAAGUAGUUAGCUGACCCCACACCCUCUUCCCUGUCCACAAUGAAGUCCACCCCACACACACACACGAGGGAUCAGUCCCUUCCUCAUGCCCUCUCCAUAACCCACCCCUUCAUGUUCUCAUCACUUACCUCUGACCCCCUGCUUGGGAUGUCUACCCUGGCUCCUCCUCCUGUAGUGCAUGGCCUGAGUAAGGUUCGGAGUGCCUAGAGUGACCUUUCACCUUUUACCGCUGCAUUGACCUCCAUACUUCUGCUAAUUAGGCAUAAGACACACACACUUAACAUUCUUACAAACACACCCCAUGCAUGAAGGUCCUGAUAUAUGUGGACACGGAUGUCAGAGGUUUGCUCUGGGUUAUUUUGAAACGGUUAGCGAACAGUUCUAUUCUGUUUUUAUUUUUGUUUUAUAUUCUCUGGGCUCGGGUUGGGUGGGAUCAUUUAGAUUGAUAUGUGUGACAUGUCUGGUUCUGUGUGCUUGUGUUAUAUAUAUAUAUAUAUAUAUACAUACACACACAGUUUAUAUAUUAUGUUGCAUUAUGUACAAAAAUAUAUAUAGAUAUAUGAAACUUCAAUAGCUCAGAAUCCAUAACGGUAAGUUGUUGGCUCACAGAGCAGGGGCAAUAUUUGCUGCUGCCUAUAGACAUGAAGAGGCAAGGUGGUGGGAUCUCUAUUGCUGGAAAAAUACUCUUUUUUUCAGCAGUCCCUUUACUAUUUCCCUGUGUGUCAUCAUUGGUAUGUUAAGGCUGUAGACCGGACUACGUGUUGUUCUAUUCCUUAACUUUCUCUCUCCAUUGAUCAUGUCACUGUGUAGUAGUGCUGUCAGUUUCUAGGGGAUGCCUCCCCCACACCUGCUCUGUCUUUACAUGAAGACAUUUUAAAGUCAUGUAUACUUUUCCUUCAACUCAUGUGCCAAACUCCAAAUCAACAGCUAGCGUCUACCCUCUAGGCACUUGAUUUGGAAUUUCAGACAUGGUUUCUGGCUAUAUUGCGAGAAGUGUUCUUAUCUAGGCCUCUGUCACUCCUGGCUCUCUCUUAUUGUGACCACUGACUCUGUGUUUGUCUAAUAUUAAUCUGUUGGUCCAACGUUAAUUUAACGUUAGUCUAGCGUUCAUCUCUUUCUCUGCAUCUCUCCACCUGGACCACACAACCACCUCACUGGUACAGGCUCUGAGUCGAGCGUCUUACUUACCCAGACAUAUUCACACAGGUUCAAUAUGACAACACAACUACACAAUGUGUAUAUGUACAGUUCAUAUGCUCCUCACCAAAUCCUGACUUAUGUAUGUUGUAUUUUAUGUUGUGAUCGUGGUAUGUGUAUAUAUGCAGACCCAUGUACUGUUUAUGAGCAAAAACAAAGAUAUGGGGGAGAAAAGAAAUGAAAAUAAGAAAAAAAUCAGGGCAAUAUGUUGGAGAUUGUAGAUGAUAAUGAUGCUAUAUCUAGCCGUAUAGUUCAACCUUUACCUGUACAGUACAGUAGAUAACAAGUGUAUUAUUGUAACAAUAACUAGUCAUGUAUAGUGUAUCUAUAGUUUGGAGUGCCUUUGCUUUCAUACACCUUCUCCUUGCCCCCUCACCUCCUACCCCCUUCCACAACAUGACCUUGCAUCCCUCUUAGGUGCCGUUUAAUGACUUGCUGCCCCCCUCUGAGCUCAGUUUCAGUCUAGCGUUGUACCAAUGUUAGAUCAACUUUAGCAUUUUCUCUUUCUCUGUAUGUACACAUUCUCCUUGGUGUCAACAUGUCUUAUUCAUCAUCUGUUUUCCCUAUGUUAAGGUUUUGACAAAUCUGUAAAAACAUACAUAUAUUGUUUGAGAUUAUUGACCUGAUUUGAAGCAAAGUUUGCUUGAGUUCAAUGUUUUUUUAUGAUUUCACUAGGAUGCACAAAUAUUUUACACACACGCACACUGUAUCCAGGGUUUAAGUAUGGGUAUGAGGAUUGCCUUUUUAGGUUAACAGUGUCAUAUACAUUAGAGUACAGUAUGUAUUCAGUCAAAAUGUUGCUUCUGGUAUCAAAGCCAUUAAGCCAAUUGAUGAUAUUGAUUUUGUGACAAGCCAUUCUCAGAGGAAAUGCAGUACAUUCUCUUUUCUUUACCUCCUUCCUUCCCUCCCUCCGUCUGGGAGAUAUUCAGUAUCACCCAAGGGGUUUGUCAUGCCUCACACCCGUCCCGCUUGCUGUAAUAUUUGCUUUCAUUGACGCGUUACUAUCUAUCCCAUCACCAGGUCUGUGACCACUCCCCCAACCCCAGUUCAACCAGAGUGAACCAUGUCAAAUCACACCAAAACAUUUUCAAACACUUACCAAAAAAAGAACAAGGAUAGUGGACUAUAAAAUAUACAGACUAUGGCUUCGCACACACUCUCGUGGCAGAAGAAUAUGCUAUCUGGAUUUAAAGAAAAAAGAAAAGAUAAAAGCCCUGUAUAACAAUACUACUAGUACUACUUGAAUGCCUCUGUUUGUGACUGACAUUUUCAUUUCAUUUUGAAAUGUUUGUUUUUAUUCUGUGAAGGUAUGCUAAAUGUUCACCCCUGUAAAUACUUUCCCUUGCGUGCCCUGAGGAAUAGUUCCCUGGUACUGUCAUUUGCAUUAAAUAAAGAGUAGGAUAGCCUGGAAAUGAACUAU